AAACUUAAAUAGGUAAGUAAAUAUACAAAAACGUAUCAUUUCGCUGUGCGCGAGCGAUAACUGGUUUAUGACGAUAUAAAUUCUACGCUUAAAAUAUAUUUUCAUGCUACAGUACCUGUCACAUAGUUAAUAAAAGAUGGGAAAACGUAUUUUUGAAAUUAAAAAUCUUUAUGUUUUUAUAAUUUUGGUCGUGUUGGGUGUAUGUUCAAAUGAAGAUUUUUCUGGGGAUGAUUAUUCUACAACGCUGACUACAGCGAAGACGUACGCUUAUGUUUCACCGAAGCCCAGCAGUUCGUACAGAAGAAUCGAUAUGGCCUUAGAUGAGUUCAAUACACCGGUGAACCCACUCCGCGGCCAGCAACCAGGGAGGAGAAGUAACUUAAAGGCUGUAUGGAAAUGGGAUGUUUGGUGUCAGUUGCAGCCUAAAGUUGGUACAUGUACUGCAGAAGAAAAGGCGAAGGUGGGAUCGCCAAGAGGAAGCUUCUACUAUAAUGCGCAGUUGGAUGCAUGUCAGUCAUUCACUUUUUCGGGAUGUGACGGCAAUAAGAACAAUUUCCCGACCUUGAUUGACUGCGAACGCCACUGUAAAGGUUCAGCCUUAAUGGCAAUAAAAGAAACGGAAAAAACACCAUUCUGCGAUUUACAACCUAAUGCUGGACUAUGCAUGACUUUGACACAAAGGUACUAUUACGACAUUAACGAGAAUGAGUGCAAAGUUUUCCUGUACGGAGGCUGUGGAGGAAACCAGAACAGAUUCAAGACUCAUUCUCAGUGCAUGGAGAGAUGUACAGAGGAAAAAUAAAUGUUUAGGUUACAUUAUCUCA